AUGGCAAAGAAGAUAAAAGUCCAUGGACUCUUUGCAACCAAUAAACCGCGCGGUAUGACAUGCACCCAAGUUUUAGAAUUAAUCGACAAGGUCGCCCGUGCUCAUGCAGCAUCCACAAGAAUAGAAAUGACGCGUAGAAAAGUAGUCAAAUUGGGAUGUGGGGGAUCAUUAGACGAUAUGGCAACAGGCGUAGUGGUCGUGGGAGUUAAUGAUGGAGCUAAAGAACUAAAAAGAUUUUUAAAAUGCGACAAGACUUACGAAGCUACAGCAAUGUUGGGUUUUCAAACCGACACUCUUGAUGCUCAAGGACGACUUACUGAAAAGAAACCUGUGCCCAGUGGGCUUCAAGAAAAGCUACAAGCCAUUUUACCGAAAUUUGUUGGAGUCAUUAAACAGCUUCCACCAAAAUAUACUGCACCGCACAUGGAUGAGGGUACACGUCUACGCGAAUCUGGUCGUAAGCAAACUGAAGUAGCACGACCAGCUGAACCGCGCUUCGUACGUAUAGAUCGCCUGGAACUACUCGACUUUACUACAAAACAUAAUUAUACACUACCCAUCCGAAAAUCUGCAGACAGCGUUGUCGAUGCUAUAUCUGAUGAAUCGAGGGCAUCCACGUCGUCAAAAUCACUUGAUCAGUCUCCAUACCCGAUAUUUAAGCUUAGGGUUGAAUGUGGUGGGGGGGCUUUUAUUCGUUCCUUGAUUAGAGACAUUAGCAAAGAGCUCGAUACACCGGCUUCUUUGGUAGACUUGGUGCGCACACGUGAAGCUGAAUUCGUACUUGGAGAGAAUACAAUGAGAUUUGAAGAUCUCGAUGAAUUUGACAAUAUUUAUAAAGCAAUUAAUGAGCAUAUUAGGUUAAUUAGAAGGCUGGAUUACGGUGAUGUCAAAAUAUAG